UGCGCUUCUAGGGGUGGAAAGUUCCAGAGCGUCCGUUGCACAGCCGUGUGACUGCAAGCUUUUCCAAGCGAGGCCGCGUCCUAGGCACCCUGAAUCGAAGGUCAGAACCCCAUUGACACCCUCUGUCCUAUCCCAGCCCUUCUCAGGCUUUUGUGACCAAGCCUGAGCAACAUGCAGCCCGCGGGUCUUGAGGGUCUCCGCGCGCUCGGCCUACGGCCUCUGGGGCCCUGGCUGUUCCUGCUGGAGGUGCUACUUGUAGUUCCGCCUCUGUGGGUAACCUGCACCCCGACCACUCGGAGCAUCUCCAGCUUUUCGACCACACUGGCGACCUCCAGUGCCAAUGCCACUCCGGGCACUUUCAAUGCCUCCACCACACCUGGCAUGACCAGUGACCCUCGACUUCGAGAGCAAGCACUGGCCCUGAUGGGAAACUUCCCGCUCGUGGAUGGCCAUAACGACCUGCCUCUGCGCCUGAGAGAACUCUUCCAGAAUAAGCUGCAGGAUGUGAAUCUGCGCAAUUUUACCCGCGGCCAGACCAGCCUGGAUAGGCUUAGAGAAGGCCUUGUGGGCGCCCAGUUCUGGUCAGCCUACAUCCCAUGCGAAACCCAGGACCGGGAUGCUGUGCGCCUUGCCCUGGAACAGAUCGACCUCAUUCGCCGAAUGUGCACUGCUUACCCUGAGCUGGAGCUUGUGACCUCAGCUGAAGGUCUGAAUAACACUCGGAAGCUGGCCUGCCUCAUUGGCGUCGAGGGCGGUCACUCACUGGACACCAGCCUCUCAGUGUUGCGCAGUUUCUACAAGCUUGGAGUGCGCUCCCUGGCACUUACCUUGACCUGCAGCACACCCUGGGCAGAGAGCGCCACGAAAUUCAGACACCACUUCUAUACCAACAUCAGUGGACUGACAAGCUUCGGUGAGAAAGUAGUAGAAGAAAUGAACCGCCUGGGCAUGAUGAUAGACUUGUCCCACGGCUCAGACACCUUGGUGAAGCGGACCCUGGAGGUGUCUCGGGCUCCUGUGAUCUUCUCCCACUCAGCGGCUAGAGCUGUGUGCGACAAUUUGCUGAAUGUUCCUGAUGACAUCCUGCAGCUUCUGAAAAAGAACGGUGGCAUCGUGAUGGUGACACUGUCUAUGGGGGUGCUACAGUGCAAUCUGCUUGCUAAUGUGUCCACUGUGGCAGAUCAUUUUGACCACAUCAGGACAGUCAUUGGAUCUGAAUUCAUUGGGAUUGGUGGAGACUAUGAUGGAUCUGGAAGGUUCCCUCAGGGGCUGGAGGACGUGUCUACAUACCCAGUGCUCAUAGAGGAGUUGCUGAGACGGGGCUGGAAUGAACAGGAGCUGCAGGGUGUCCUUCGAGGAAACCUGCUGCGCGUCUUCAGAGAGGUGGAACAGGUGAGAGAGAGAAGCCUGGGGCAGAGCCCUCUGGAGGUCAAGUUUCCAGACAGGCAGCUGAGUAGCACCUGCCAUUCGCACAUCCUGACUCAGCCCCAAGAGAAACACCAGGACACUCACUUCAAGGUGACCAAGAGGCCAACUAAUCAGGUCCUCCGGAGGGCCUCAGAAGCUCCCCCAUGCCGUGUUUCAGGCCUCAUGGCUACUGUCAGCUCCCUAGCCCUCGUCCUUUGGCUUUGGUGAUCUGGCCACAGGCCAAUGUGGCAAAAUCCACAAAGUUCCCCUCCUCACUGCCCAGGCCCCAGUUUAUUUUGAGAAUAAAUAUUUAAAACAUUGA